AUGAAGGAUCUUGGUGAAGACUCUUAUGUUUUGGGCAUAAAGAUUAUUCGUGAUAAGGCUAAUGGGGUGCUUAAAUUAUCUCAAAGAACCUAUAUUGAGAAGAUAUUGAAGAGGUUCAAUAUGCACAACUGUAGUUCUACUAGAGUGCCAAUUGUGAAGGGUGAUAAGUUUUCAAAGACUCAGUGUCCUAAAAAUGAUGAUGAGAGAGAGGAAAUGGGAACCAUUCCUUACUCAUCUGUGGUUGGCAGCCUUAUGCAUGCUCAACUGAACUCAUUUGUGUUUCAGUUUUUUUACUACAUCAUUCUCUCCGUCUUGGGUUUUCUAGCUUUGAAGCUUUCAGUGCUGAAAGCUACCACCAUUAGGCUAGCAGACCUUGAUCUGUUCUUCACUGCCGUGUCCGCAUCAACAGUUUCUAGCAUGUCUACGGUGGAAAUGGAGCUAUUCUCCAACACCCAACUUGUUAUCAUAACCGCUUUGAUGCUAAUGGCAAAGAUAAAAAGUAUAGAAAGUAGAGUCCAUGAUAAUCCUUCGAAUUCUAGGAACUUUCCUGCAAAGGUUGAGUCGGGUUUGGUAGUUCAUCCCCAGUUGAAGGAUGAAAAACCCAAUUCCAUCGUAGAAGAUGGAGACAAAUCCUUGAGUGGUGAGCAUCUGAGGAACUGCUCUAUUAAGCUGUUGGGUCAUGUAGUCAUUCGUUAUAUUUUUGUGAUUCAAAUACUGGGCGCUGGUCUGAUCUUUCUGUACGUAAGCCUUGUUCCAAGUGCAAAAGAAGUACUGAAGAACAAAGGCAUUCAGAUGCAAAUAUUUUCUGUGUUCACAGCGGUGUCCACCUUCUCCAACUGUGGUUUCGUCCCAACAAAUGAGAACAUGAAGAUUUUCAAGAAGAACUCGGGUCUCCUCCUAUUUCUCAUUCCUCAAGUCCUUCUUGGAAACACAUUAUUUGCACCCGCCUUGCGGUGCGUCAUCUGGGUUCUGGGGAAAACUACAAAGCGGGUAGAGUACGGGUACAUGCUGAAUAAUUCUAGAGAGAUAGGAUACAACUAUUUGCUUCCUAGUGUGCAUUCAUUUGUCAUGGCCAUUGUUGUGUUGGUGCUUAUAGUAUUCGAGUUUCUAUUCUUUUGCUCUAUGGAGUGGAAUUCGGAAGCCUUGUAUGGGCUGGAUGGAAAUGAGAAAUUCGUGGCCUCAUUGUUCCAAGUUGUAAAUCUGAGGCACACUGGUGAAUCUGUCUUUGAUCUCUCAAUCGUCACCCCGGCCGUCUUGGUGGUAUUCAUAGUAAUGAUGUACCUUCCGGCUCGUACUUCAUUUUUUGCCAUAGAGGGGCAUGAAGCUGAUGUGAAAAAUGGGGAAGGAAAGACAAAGCAGAAGAGGCUUAUGGGCCAUGACACCUUCUCGCCCCUCACAUUUUUAGUCCCUUUCGUCAUUUUUAUUUGCAUGACUGAAAGAGACAAGCUCAAGGAAGACCCCCUUAACUUCAAUGUCUUGAGCAUCGCCCUGGAAGUCAUUAGUGCAUAUGCAAAUGUUGGAUUAUCAACUGGGUAUCACUGUUCUCGGCAGUUGAAGCCCGACCCCUUCUGCAAACCCGUGUGGUAUGGAUUUGUUGGAAGAUGGAGCGCCGGAGGAAAAUUGCUUCUGGUGAUCGUCAUGUUCCUGGGAAAACUUAGGAAAUUUGGCAAGUGAUAAAGUUUCAGGGCGUGGACACAAUUUUAGUAAAGGUUUGGACAUUGUCUUUGUAUUCUCAAUGCAAAUAGAGUCGAUGUCGAUGUGUGAGCAAGGUUUUCGACUACUAUUUCUAUGAUGGUAGUCAUUUAUUGUAUUUGCACAAUAAAUAUUACUAUGUAAUUAUUAGUACAUUUAACGAUAUAUGCUAAGAAAACCACCCAGAGGUGUGAGGUGGGAAAUUAAGUAUUAGUCAUUAUUGUCCCAUUCCAACAAAUUUGAACCUUUUGUGUAA